AUGUUGACAAGAGAUUUCAUCGAGGACAGCCUAUACAACCCGCAUUACGGCUACUUCUCGAAGCACGCGACUAUCUUUUCGCCUGGCGAACCUUUCGAUUUCAAUAACAUCGAGGAUGGGCCUGCAUUUAACAAACUGUUAGACCAACGAUACGUGGAAUUCGAAGAUAAGCUUGACGAGACGAAUUACGAUGAAACAAGACAGUUGUGGCACACACCCACUGAGCUCUUCCGCCCUUAUUAUGGGGAAGCUAUCGCCCGGUAUCUCGUUACGAACUAUAAGUUGACACUUUUUCCAUACCAUGACCUGAUAAUCUACGAGAUGGGAGCCGGAAACGGUACGAUGAUGCUCAAUAUUUUGGACUACAUACGAGAUGUUGAGCCGGAAGUAUAUCAAAGAACGAAGUACAAGAUCAUCGAGAUUUCGAGCAGUCUCGCCAAUUUACAACAACAGAAUCUCAAUCACUCCAUUCAUGCCGGUGGCCACGGCGGCCAUGCUGAGGUUAUCAAUCGGUCGAUAUUCGACUGGAAUACAUACGUUCACUCUCCCUGCUUUUUCCUAGCAUUGGAAGUCUUCGAUAAUUUUGGUCACGAUGUGAUCCGUUAUGACAUGGAGACUGGGCAGCCCAGGCAGGGAUGUGUUCUCAUAGACUCUGACGGGGAGUUUUAUGAAUAUUAUGUUCCGGAUUUAGAUCGCUCAGCCGCUCGAUUCCUGCGUGUUAGGCAAGCAGCGGCCCGCCGACCGUUUACCACCCCACUAGGACCCCGGUUGUGGCGCAAGUUGCAGACAGCGCUUCCUUUUGCGCCAAAUAUGACACUGCCAGAGUAUAUUCCAACUCGACUAAUGCAGUUCUACGAUGUUCUGCAUGAUUAUUUCCCAGCCCACCGUCUUAUUGCGAGUGACUUCAACUCUCUCCCAGACGCCGUGCCAGGUUUCAAUGCUCCAGUUGUCCAAACUCGAUAUCAAAGAAGGAAUGUUCAAGCAACAACUCCAUAUGUAAGUAAUCUCUGCAACUUAUUUUUAGUUAUAAUGCUCACUCUGCUUUUUCUUCAGGUUCAUCAAGGAUAUUUUGAUAUAUUCUUCCCCACCGACUUCAAUGUAAUGGAGGAUGUGUACCGGGCGAUCACCGGUAAACUCACACGGCUAACGGGCCACGAUGACUUCAUGAGGCGUUGGGCAUAUCUAGAAGACACUCAAACGAAGAACGGCGAGAACCCCCUCCUAGGCUGGUAUAAAAAUGCCAGUGUGAUGAUAACUGUAUAA